AAGGCAGUGGAGACCCAGGAAAAAAACCUCAGUGAAUCUGCCUGCCACAACAUUGGCUUGAUCUGGGAUCUUGUGAUCCCUCUCGUGACUGCACCACGCCAGAGAUGAAUCUACGCUCUGUAUUUACUGUAGAACAACAAAGGAUUUUACAGCGUUAUUAUGAAAAUGGAAUGACAAAUCAAAGUAAAAAUUGCUUUCAGCUCAUACUACAGUGUGCACAAGAAACUAAGCUGGACUUCAGCGUAGUUAGGACGUGGGUUGGCAAUAAAAGAAGAAAAAUGAGUAGUAAGAAUUCUGAAUCAGGAGCAGCAACAACAGGAACUGUUUCCAGUGCCUCCUUGACAGCUCCAGACAUUACUGUCAGAAAUGUGGGUAAUAUUGCUCGACCAUCAAGCCAACAGUCUUCUUGGACAUCUACCAAUAAUGAUGUCAUUGUAACUGGUAUAUAUAGUCCAUCUAGUUCAUCAAAUAGGCAAGGAACAGCUAAAAAUACAAGCACACAAAUUACAGAAACGCAUAAAAUUCCUAUUCAGAAAACAGUCAGUAAAAAUGAUAGUGAAUUUCAGUUGCAUAUUCCUGUUCAAAGACAAGUGGGACACUGUAAAAAUGCUUCUUUGCUCUUAGGUGAAAAAACAAUUAUUUUGUCAAGACAGACAAGUGUGUUAAAUGCUGGAAACUCUGUAUACAGUCACACAAAGAAAAACUUUGCAAAUUCUCCAGUUCAAGCUUCUGAGAUGACAGUACCUCAAAAGACAUCUGUAUGUCACAGACCUUGCAAAAUUGAACCAGUUGGAAUUCAAAGAUCAUAUAAGCCCGAACUCAUGGGCAUAGCAUCAAAAAACUAUUAUGGGCAAAAGAAGCCUAUUAGAGACCCUUAUUGUAGAACACAGAACUUGGAAAUUCGUGAAGUAUUUUCAUUGGCGGUUAGUGACUACCCCCAGAGAAUUCUUGAAGGUAAUGUCCCACAGAAGUCUAGUUCAGCAGAAGGAACUUGUCUUUCCAUUGCAAUGGAGACUGGAGAUGUUGAUGAGGAGUAUGCCAGAGAGGAAGAGUUGGCAUUGAUGGGAGCACAAAUACCAAACUUCUCAAGAUUUUACGAAAAUGGCAGUUCCCUUCAAGCUGAGAACCAAAGUACAGCUUUUCCCAGACCAGGAAGAAAUAUACCAAAAUCACAAAUGAUGAAUAUUAGAGACCUGUCAGAAAAUGUAUUUUAUCAAAACAGAGACUACCACUUGACACCAGGGACCUCAUUACAUACAACAUCUACUACAAUGUACAGUAAUGCAAAUACAUCAAGGAGUAACUUUUCUCCACAUUUUUCAUCAUCAAAUCAAUUGAGGUUAUCACAAAGUCAAAAUAAUUAUCAGAUUUCAGGAAGCCUCACUGUGCCUUGGAUUACAGGGUGUUCUAGAAAAAGAGCACUACAGGACCGCACUCAGUUCAGUGACCAAGAUUUAGCCACCCUUAAGAAAUACUGGGACAAUGGCAUGACAAGUCUUGGCUCUAUUUGUAGAGAGAAAAUUGAAGCAGUUGCAACUGAAUUAAAUGUUGACUGUGAAAUUGUUCGGACUUGGAUUGGAAAUCGAAGAAGGAAAUAUCGUUUAAUGGGAAUUGAAGUCCCACCUCCAAGAGGAGGCCCUGCUGACUUUUCUGAACAGUCUGAGUCUGGUUCUUUGUCUGCGCUUACACCAGGAGAAGAUGCUGUUGCCGAAGCAGGAGAGGAUAAUGACAGAAAUGAUGAAGUAUCCAUCUGUUUGUCUGAAGAAAGCUCUCAAGAAGACUCCAAUGACAUUGUUCCAAAUGAAGCCUUGAUUCAUAAGGAUGAGGACCGAAAUAUUGUAUCCACAGAAAAUGUGAAAAUAAAAAUUACUGAUGAUGAAGAAACUGACAUGAUAAGGAAUUCUGAAAUAGAACAAGUUAAUUCUCUCUUGGGUUAUAAGAAUGAAGAGGUCAAAUUCAUCGAAAAUGAGCUACAAAUUCAAAAACAAAAGUACUUUCGACUUCAGACAUUUGCUAGAGGCUUGAUAUUAGCUAUGAAAGCUGACAAUAAGGAACAACAGCAGGCACUGCUGUCUGAUUUACCUCCUGAAUUAGAAGAGAUGGAUUUCAAUCAUGCCUCGUUGGAAGCUGAUGAUACCUCAUUCACUGUGUCUUCUUUAUCAGAGAAAAAUGUCUCAGAUAAUUUGUGAUUUAAGAAGGGGAAGGGAUAUAUGACACAGCUUUUUGACUGACUAACAAGUGUGCAGUUCAAGAUAAAUAUAUUCUGUUGCCCUGAAAUUCUUCAGUUGGAGAUAAUGUACUGUUGAAACCAACACUUUCUGUGAAGGUUGAGCAUAUAGAUAUAAUGACUUCAGUGCAAAACAGUAUGUGAAAUUAAAAAGUAUUGUCAGAUAGAUUUUUUCCAAGAUGAUGGAACCCUUUAUAAAAGCUAUAUUUAAUUUUGAGAAGUAAAGCUAAGAAUUGCAUGUCUCAUUUCUGAAAAUUUCUGCUUUGUUUCAUAGAGUAAUCUUAGCUUUAACAAUAGUUUUUAAUCAGAGACAUAAAGGAUAAGUAGAAGUAUUUCAGUGUUACUUAUCAUGUUACUAAAGUGUGAUUAGUAUUAUUUUUGUAGCCAUUACAUCUUUCUUCCUCCUCUCUGCCUUUACUAUCAUCCACAUACAUUUUUACUCAGGAAAGUAGACUGGAAAUUAAAAACAAAAUUUUAAAAAUUAUUUAACUUGGAUGAGUCCUGGGAUUUAUUUUUCAACCUCAAUAAGAAUUUAGCUUAACCUAAUGACUGACAUUUCAAAUUAUUACUAUAUGAUCAUAAAUUGUUUCUAUCUCAUAGUCUGUCCCAAAUAUUGGAAGGGUGAGCAAAGCACUAUAGAAAAUCAAUUCACCAACAUGAAAUCAAAUAAAUUAAGCAUACAAAAGCACAAUGUGGUAAAAGAAAUUGGUCUUAAUGGGAAUUCAUCCCUGCUACAAAUGAUAAGUACUGAUAAGGUUUACAUUCUGUUAAGGAAUUCAUGUAAAUAAAUUGAAUUAAGUGUGGAGCAAGUAUUACAAGUUUAUCACUACCUUCAAAAAAUUUUUUUUCACUUUCUGCAUUAAGUGAACCAGAAAGUUAAGGUAAGCCACAGCGAUUUUUUUGUUGUUGUUAUCUAAUAACUCAGCUAUGCCACAGAAAUUACUUCAGUUCCUUAGGAGGUAUGUACAAAUCAUCAGCAAAAGAUGAUAUCCAGAAAGAGCUUUACUACUGAUACUAGAAAUCAUAAUUCUCUGAACUUUCUAGAUACUGUGAGUGCAUUCCUACAAUUGGUUUUCUAUCCUAUUGUUUUAUUAGUAAGUACCAGAAAACAACACACUUUAGACAAUUCUUUACAGACCUUCCUUUCUCGGGUAGCAAAUAACAUCACCAAGGUCCAUAGAAAAGAAAAUGGAAGCUUCUCCCUAACUUCAGAGAAUCAUAUAUUUGUGAUGUGACAAUUGGUAUUAUGUCACAUAGUUAGAUAACAUCUUUGCCCUUAAGUUUCUAUAUCACAUAUUUUUUCAUAAUUUGUAAGUGAAACCAGUUUUGAUCUUAAGAUUUGCAGAUAUUUAUAAAUAUGGAAAGGUAGGCAUGAAUUACUUUAACUUGAAAUUUCUCCUUCCUUCACAAAUAGAUAAGGCACAUCGGUAAGUCUUCAUUUUUCAGUUGUUUAUUUGACAUGAUAUUGCUGUCAUGCUGCUGUUAUGAUUAUUUUGUGCCACGUGCACUUAACCUGCUGCCCUACAGCCUGACUCCCGAUUAUUUUGUUAGUAGAAAUAUUUCAGUUAUUUACACUCCCUUUUCGGUAGAGUUAUAUGGUUCUUUGCAAACAAAUUUUAGUGUAAGUUCUUGACAAGUCAAAUUCCAUGUAGAGAAAAUAGUAAGUUACAGAAUUUUAGCUAUUAAGAUUAAAUUCAUCAGUAUUACCAAAACCUCUAUGAAGUAAAGAACCUCUAAUUUGUGAUGCUAAUAUAGAAAACAUUUCUUAAUGCAGCAUGAACAAAUCACAGGUGCUAAAGUUUGCCCUAGGGUCUCAAACACUAUAUUUAAAUUAAUUGAUUUCUUCUGUUUCAAUUUUAAUUCAUUUUGUUUCUUUUAAAAAAUUAUCAUUAUUUAUUGAGUAGAGACCCCCAGAAAUCAAGAGAGGAGGGAGAGAUAGAGAUAGAGAGAUAGAGAGAGAGACCUGCAACACUGCUUCACCACUCGCAAAGCUUUCCCCCUGCAGGUAGGGACCAGGGGUUCAAACUUGGGUUCUUUGUGAGUUGUAACAUGUGUGCUCAACAAGGUGUUUGACCACCACCACCCUCAUUUUGUUUCUCAUUACAAAGUAAGAAAAAAUUAUUCUCUUCUGCAUCUUUCAGCACUGUGGAUUCUAUUUACCACAUAUCAGCAAAUAAAAAUUUAAUUUAAAAAAAUAUUCAGUGAGCUUCUGAUAUAAUAAUGUUAGAAUCUGACUCCUUAGCAAGCCAUGAACUUCAAAACAGAAUAUUUUCACCUCUUAAUAAUAUUAAUAAGUUAUUUAAGGAUAGUUUUUGAGAUGUGAUUAAUUUGAUUCUUAAAAUAUUUCCUAGAAGAAAUCCCAAUCUACACUUUUGAGAAGCAAUAAACAUGAUUCCUUUGUCUCUGUUCCAAGUUUCAUUAAAUAAACAGUGAAAAAUUAUAGCAGUACACUUGGGAAUUUUUCAUCUUUGCAUUUGUGGUCGUACUAUGACAGAAACCAAAUGAAAUGGUUGUAGCCUGAAAGGAAUGUAAUUAGAAAAAAGCAAUUCUGCACUGUAAAUUUAGGGAAAAAAAAAGUCCUUAGAUUAAGUAUUUCAUAUACUAUGAUAUUAGCACAUAUUCAUACAGUGAUUUGAUUGUUUUUGAGACAUUUCAAUGAAGAAAAUUAUCAGUUUAUUACCAUUUUUGAGAGCAUAUCCAUGACUGGGAUAAAAAUGCCCACAGUUUCUCUUUCCAAGAUUUUGACAUACAGUCUAUAUAACGUAAAGCAGCUCUAAGCAAGAUGUAAAGUGAGAAACAUUUUUUUCCUUUGACUUCCUUAAUGUCUGCUUUCAACUUAGGAUAAGUAAACAGUUUUAAAACAUUAAAAGUGUAUCUAAGAUAUUUACCUUCUAAAAUAUGUGCUUAAAAACAAACAAAAAAUAAAUUCAAAGGUACCUUCCUUAGCACAGCUAGGUUAAAAUUGUUAAGAAAAAAAAGAAAGAAAGAAAAGUAAAGAAAGAAAGGAAGAAAGAAAGAAUGACCCCUGAAGUUACCCUGGAGGAUAGGAAAAUAAGCAACAUGGAAGUAAAAUGAUAAAAUAAAAAUUGACCUCUUCAUGGAAGCUGGGAAUGUUUUGUAAGGUCAGUUAUGAGCAGCAGAAAUUUUGUACUGCUAUUGCAAUUAAAUAGUAGAAAUGUUUAGUUAUUGCUGGAAAAAAACUCUACAGCCCAAUUAUAUCCUGUUUUAUAUAAUGAUCUCUGAAAAUACCCAAGAGGUGACCAUUUCUCCAAAGACAGCAGUUUAUAUUUUAAGACAUAUUUAUACUCAGCAAUGUAAUUUUGUAGGAGAAAAUAUUUAGCAAUAUAUAUAAAAAAUCUAGACUCUGAGAUAGGCUUUAUUUCCUUUUAAAGGUUUGAGGGAUAUUUCUGCCCAUUUUUGAAUGAAUUGUUUCUUUUUGAGUAUGACUGUGAUACCUUCAAAAAGAAAAUCUGAAAGUGUUAAUCCCUGUAUUUCUUCUACUUUGCAAUGAAGAUAAACCAGAAAUACUAUUUUAGAAAUAUAUAUUAAAUUUUUAUUCAGUUUCUUAAAAUGCCAAUUUUUGAUUAGCCUUUUAAGGAAGUCAUUAAUAUCAUUGUGUCUAAAUGAUCAGUAAAUAGAUAAUGAAGUUGGCUUUAUCCUUGGCAUAAAGCACUGUGAACAUAUUCUUCAAGAAGCAAUGUGCUGUAAUGACAUAAAGGAAAAUAUACUAACUUGUGAAUCUACAGUUAACACAUUUAUUCAAAACAUAUUUCAUUAAGAGCAUAUUUGCUGAAGGGAAAUAAAAUAAAGUGAUAUUUUCAUUGAAAUAUAGUUAUUAUACUGCUUAAAUGUUUACUGAGUAUGUAUUGGUUUACACUGAAACUUGAUUUUGCAUUAAUUUGAUAAGUAAUACCUUUCAGUAAGUUUGCAUUUUUACUAGUACUACCUCUGAAACAUACUACCAAUUUAAAACCACAACAUACUGUAAUGUGAACUUUUAUAGGCUUUUUAUUUAAAUU